UAGCUGUCAAAAUUGAAUCGUAUACAAAACGAGCUCUGGCAGUCGAGACACGAAAGUUGAAACUGGAAAUGAGGGGUCGAAUUACUUGGGCUCGAGGACCAACUUUACCGAUCUCGUACUACUCCGAUAGUCGUAACUCCGCGAAUGACAUUUGAUGGCGCUAUCGUUGCACAUGACGCGAAAGCAGAAUUGGAGCAUAAAAGAUCUGGGUUCUCUCUCGAAAAUAUUCCUCUACCUGUUUCGAUCAUCCCUCUCUCUCAAGUCAGCGUUCCUGCGUUUCCUCGUCGUAGGUAGACACGGACGUUUCUCGCCGAAACGCAGUAUAAGCUCCGUGAUCGUAUAUUUACCAUGCCUGCACCUUCUUACACUUUCUACAGUCGAAAUAUCGAAGGUGCAAAAGGUGCAAUGGAAUAAAGCGCGAAAAUAAGAUAUUGCGUUUCCAGAGUAGAAAAGAAAACUUUUUUCUUAUUCCAACUAAUUCCAGCGGAAGAAAAGCAAGUAAGCUGAACGACUCGAGGGAGUCUUCUUCUCGAAUAACUCGAUCGGUUACAUUCGGCUAGUCCGGAGCGUUAUUUCUCCUGAGAAAAUGAAGGGCUAUAUUCAACGUGACGAGGAAGGCAAACCAAUCAUAGACAGCAAUGGAUUCGUUACAGUUACAUGUGAAGAUGAAAGCUUGGUGUUCCAACUACAUCUGUCAGAAGUUGAUGAAAAAGCGGAGCAAAUGUGUUUCAACGUCAAUGGUAGAGAUGUAUACAUCGAUAUAUGUCCAUGGGAAAUGAUUGAGAAUGAUUCUGAAAAUGAUAAAACAGAAAUAACUGAAGAUGAUAAAAUCAAUAUCCCAUCUACAAGUAAAAAUGGGAAUACGCAUUUUCCUUGGUGUGAUGCGUCGACAAAAAUCUUUUUGAGAGAAUAUAAGCUUAAGAAAGAAUUGGUAAGAAAUCGGAAACUAAAAAAUAUGAAACUUGCAUAUCAGGAAAUAUCGCAAAGCUUGCAAGAUAAUGGAUUUACCGUAUCUCCUUUACAAGUAGAGAAUAGAUUCAAAACACUGAAACGUGCUUAUAAAAAUAUGAUAAUACAUAAUAGAAGGAAUGGAAGAGGAAAAUAUAUCUGCAGUUAUGAACAAGAUUUAGAUGAAAUCUUUUCUAAAAGUCUCUUAAGUGAUGAUACAGAUAUGAAAGAAGGAACCACAGAAUCAGAAAAUGGUACAUUCAAUGCUGAAAGAAUACAUAAUUCUGGAAAGAAUAAUGAACAAUAUGCAAGAUUGGAAGCUCAGCAUAUGAAGCUAAUUGAUAAUCUACAAAACUAUCAGCGUAUGAUGAAGAAUUUAAUUACCAAGACAGAUAAUAGAAGUAAAAUUUGCAAUGAAACACAAAAUAAAAUCUUGCAAAUAUGUAUGGAAAUGCAUGAAACACAGAAAGAAGCAUAUGCUCGUGCAGAAGAACAGAGAGAAAAAGCCAAUAUACAGAGAGAAACAAGAAAUAAUUUACUUGAGGAAAUUUUAACAAUCCUAAGGUCUAGAAAGGAAACAUAAUGUAAUCAAUGUCAGAUAAGCAAAUGCAUAAUAUUUUGUUAACAUCUUUAAUAGUUACAAAAUGAUGAAUUAUUUAUUUUAUUAAAUCCAUGAUCAUUUAAGAAAUCCUGAUCAUUUUUUUGUUGUAUAAUUUAUAAUGUUACAAGAUUAACAUUCUCUUAUCUGGCAAUUUAUGACAGAUUGUAUAUUUAUGCAAUAUUUUUU